GGAGAGGUGACAGAGUAGAUUAUCCUCCUCUCCUCUCCUCCUCUCUGCCAGCCUCAUCAUGUUCAUGCUGCAGAUGUUGACUGUUAUCUCCCUGACUGUUAUUCUCCUGGCAUCUGUGGAAGGUAAAGGAGUGCAGAUGCAAAGGGAUGUCCAGUGCUGCAUGUUGUACUCCCAGGGCAAGGUGCGUACCAAAGAUGUGUUGCGGUUUGAGGUGCAGACGGAGGGGCCCGACUGCAGUAUACAAGCCAUCAUUCUUUACACAAAGAAGGCAGUGAAGUGUGCAGACCCCAGAGACCGGAAGGUGAAGAGGUUGCUGAGAAAGCUCCUGCAGAGACAGAGAACCAAGGCCCACCGAACCAUGUGGCUCCUUCCUCAUGACAACCUGCCCGUCAUGUCAGAGGACAAGAAAGAUAACUGGGCAGUUCUCAACGUGGAGUGAUGGAGCGCCGUCAAAUAUGGACGAAAACUCAUAGUCAUAAGCCAAGUAAACUUUCAGCAGCUCGUCAUCUUUACACGGCGCAGCUCGCUGACUCUCCAGUCGUCUCGUGUCUCUCUCUAUCUACACUAUCUGUCUCCCUGGGACCAGACCUGGGCAGCAAUACAUAUUUAAAUGGCUUUAGAUAUUUAAACAUGAACUGUGCUUGAAAUUUUCUCAAACACAUGGCUGGAACAGUCUUAACAGAGGAGUAUUUACUUGUAAGAUAAGUUGAACUGAUUUUUUUUUUUUAAAUGGCUCAUACUGUUAUUUGCCAGAGUCUGCCUGGAAGUGUCUCCCUCUUCAACAUCACUACUCGUGGCUGAUGUGAGAUCAGUGAACAAGGUGUAAUUUAGCAAACGAUGAACGAGCAGUGAUAUUUAUAGAAUAUUGUAUAUCAGCAAGAUACUCUAUGCUUAUUUGUGACUUGUAUACCUUCAGUAAUGUGUUUCUAACACUGCACACAGUAAAGAAGAUGGGGUUUCGCCACAGUGUGCAGAAUAUCGGGAAACAUUUCUCUGACAUAGAUUUGCACUUUGUUUGGCUGAUUCAGGUUCCAGUUGUAUCAGCUUUUAAAAAUCCUUCUUCAGGCUUCGACCUGAUGUAUUUGACUGUUAGACAGGUGAAGUCAAAGCGGGAUCAGAGAGGAGAUUUCACCUGGAUACAACUUCCUGUGUUACAUAAAGAGCUAAUGUUCCUGAUAUUUUGUCCACUCUGUAUAUUGACUGUUCAUAAACUCAGCAUGAAACCUGAAUCAAUCUUUCAAAAUGAGGCCCUCGGGCAUCUACAGGAGAUUUGAAUAUCUACGCAUUUGCAGUUUACAUCUGUCUUUUCCACCAAUAGUCCGUCACUAAACUAUGCCAAAGUAUUCAUGAUUCAAUUCACCACAUGGCAAGGCUGUUAAAACUUAGAGGGCUCAAUUGUGUGUGUGAGGCACACAAGUAUUGUAUUGUAGAAGAAUGCACUGUAUGUUAAAACACAGUAUCUCAAGUGAACUA